AUGGCUCAUGACUCUGAUCUUUCUCGUUCUGGCUUCAUAUCCUCAGAUCACUCUACCAACAAUGGACAGUCUUGUGAUGACAUUCUUCCCCGUCCUCGGCUAACAGAAGACCCUCUGGAUGCAUUUGAUAAAGAACUCUUGGCGACUGGGCUGGCUCAGGACCGUCGUUGGCAAGCUUCACAAGGACUUGCCAGGCUAUCCCUACCACCAAAGUUGAUCACUACACCAAGGAACGUUAACGGCGCGCGAGCAGGGAUGAGAGAUGAAUUACAUACCACGCCCCAAGUCAAAGAUAUCUCCAGCUCCUCACCAGCUGGGAUCGCCUCCAGCCCUACUGUCGUCGCCCUGAGUCAGCGUCGACACUAUGGUCUAGAUCCAGUUUCGAACCUCGCCUCGGAGCACAAUCAUUCAUCCCCACUGGCACGAAAGGUUCCAGGUCCCUCAUCUACCCCUUUCCCAGCCGUAGAGAAACCGGCGUCUUCAUCAAGGAUUGAGCUGGGUCAUGCUCCUCCCGUCGUGCAGGGUAUACCCUUGAUCUCUGUAAAUGAUCUACCAGACCGAAUUCGUUCGCUGUUUCCUUUUCAACUGUUCAAUGCUAUACAAUCUAAGUGCUUUGCCACUGCAUUCAAGACGAAUGAAAAUCUGGUGCUUUCUGCUCCCACUGGGAGUGGCAAGACGGUUGUCAUGGAGCUAGCAAUAUGUUACCUGAUGAACUCCGUACACAGUCGAGAAUUCAAGAUCGUGUAUCAGGCUCCUACAAAGGCUCUUUGUGCGGAGCGAUAUAAUGACUGGCAGGCGAAAUUCGUUGCACUGGACCUGCAAUGUGCCGAGCUAACGGGGGACACCGAUGUCAAUCAAAUGAGUAACGUUCAAGCUGCCGACAUCAUCAUUACCACACCAGAGAAAUGGGAUAGCAUCACGAGGCGAUGGAAAGAUCACGCCAAGCUAAUGCGACUGGUCAAAUUGUUUCUUAUCGAUGAGGUCCAUAUUUUGAAAGAAUCUCGCGGUGCAACACUCGAAGCAGUGGUGUCACGCAUGAAAUCCACCGGGUCCAGCGUCCGCUUCGUUGCCCUCAGUGCUACCAUUCCCAAUUCUGAAGACGUUGCCACAUGGCUUGGCCGAGACUCUCUCCAUCCCGAUCUUCCAGCCCGCCGAGAAGUGUUCGACGAGGACUUUAGACCUGUUAAACUUUCCAAAGUUGUUUACGGAUACCCAGUCAAGUCGAAUAAUUUUGUAUUUGAUAGCAUUUUGGAGUCGAAACUGCCAGAGGUCAUUGCGAAACAUUCCCAAGGAAAGCCAAUCCUUAUCUUCUGUCCUUAUCGCAAGUCAUGUGUCAAGACAGCAAAGAGUCUGGCGCAACUGUGGACAUCAACCACCACUCAUAACCGUUUAUGGUCUGGUCCAUUACGGCCCCCUGGGAUCUUGGACAAUGACUUACGCCAAUUCGUUUCUGCCGGUGUUGCCUUUCACCACGCAGGCCUUGAUGCUUCUGAUCGUCGAGCCGUCGAGCAAGCUUUCCUGUCUCAUAACAUCAGCAUCAUCUGCUGCACAUCCACCCUGGCCAUUGGUGUCAAUCUUCCAUGUUAUCUUGUAGUGAUCAAGGGAACGGCGGGCUGGACCGACAAUGGUUCUCAGGAAUACGCUGAUUUGGAGAUGAUGCAGAUGCUUGGACGUGCUGGUCGACCGCAGUUCGAGCAGUCUGCUUGUGCAGUAAUAUUGACUCGCAGUGACCGCGUGGAUCACUAUAACAGACUGGUGUCUGGGCAAGAACCUCUCGAAAGCUGCUUGCACCUCAAUCUCAUUGAUCAUCUGAAUGCUGAGAUAGGGCUUGGAACUGUGUUUGAUCUCGCCUCCGCAAGAAGGUGGCUGGCCUCGACAUUCCUCUUUGUUCGCUUGAGCCGAAACACCAAUCAUUACAGAUUGAAGGAAGACAUCAAAAGCAGAGACAACGACGAACUACUGCAUGAAAUAUGUGCAAAAGACGUAGCAUUGUUACAAGGAGCAGAUCUGGUGUCCACGGAAGGCAAGCUCAACUGCACCGAAUUCGGUGAUGCGAUGGCUCGCUAUUAUGUGAAGUUCGACACUAUGAGGGUUUUCUUGUCGCUGGCGCCCAAAGCCAAACUCUCUGAGAUCAUGUCUGCGAUUGCACAAGCUGCCGAGUUUAAUGACAUACGUCUGAAGGCCGGAGAGAAAUCGCUUUACAAACACAUCAACAAGGAUGUAGGUAUCAAAUUCCCCAUCCAGGUAGACAUUGCAUUACCCGCCCACAAGGUCUCUUUACUUCUUCAAGCCGAGCUUGGGGCCAUGGACUUUCCGGCGUCUGAGCAACUUUCGAAACACAAGAGCCAGUUUCAGCAAGACAAAGCCAUGGUCUUCCAACAUGUCAGUCGCCUGGUUCGCUGCGUCACUGACUGCCAGCUCGCUCGCGGCGAUUCCGUGGCAGCUCGGCAUGCGCUUGAGCUUGCUCGUAGCUUUGCGGCACGCGUAUGGGACAGUUCACCCUUGCAAUUAAAACAGUUGGAGCAAGUUGGAAAUGUAGCAGUGAGGAAACUUGCAAAUGCCGGUAUCAACAGUAUUGAAGCACUGGAGAACACGGAAGCUCACCGAAUCGAGAGCGUCAUUGGCCGUGGUCCACCAUUUGGCAUGAAGCUGUUGUCGAAACUUGCACAGUUUCCCAAACUACGUGUAUUGGUCAAGAUGGCAGGCAAAGAGAUGAAGCCUCAAAGAUGCGUCAAAAUCAGGGUCAAGGCCGAGAUUGGGUUUGUGAAUGAGAAUGUUCCAGCCUUCUUUCGCAAGAAACUGAUCUACGUUUGCUUUCUUGCUGAGACAUCUGAUGGUCAGCUUAUCGACUUCCGACGUAUAGCAGCUUCGAAGUUGCAUAAUAGCCACGAAGUCUUCAUGACUACUGAGCUCACAAAACCUUCUCAAUACAUUUUAUGUCACGUCAUGUGUGAUGAGAUAGCCGGAACAUGUAGGUCUGCUGAGCUGAGACCUAAUCUUCCCGCAUGGUUAUUUCCAACAUCCAUGGAGCAAAAAGAAGGCGACAAGACGGAUGGGGCCGGAAAGGACGGACUAAACAGCAGACAAUAUCCCAGUGCAGGCGGCAAGCGCCAACGAUCUGAAGAUUUCAAUGAUAGCGGACUUGACGAUGGUGAUCUGCUGGCUGCCGAAAAUGUCGAAAUCAUGGACAUCGAUGCUUUCGAGGAUGAAUUGGCAUCUCUCCCCCCAAAAGACAGUACCCAACCCGUCAAGAAGCUUGCAAACUUCAAAAAGCAACGAACGGACAACAACGAUUGUGAGCCUCCACAACUGAAGAACGGGAAGUGGGCAUGUAAUCACAAAUGCAAGGACAAGGCCAGAUGCAAGCAUCUAUGUUGCAAGGACGGCCUUGAUAAGCCUCCAAAACCACCUAAAAAAUCCAGCUCCCUUACUGCCGAGGACCAUACUUCUAUUGCCUCUGUACUGGAUCUUGUGAACAACAAUUCCUCAGAGCAAUCUUCAUCGAGGUCCACAAGUGCUCAGGUUGAGCCCAAGCAGUCUUCGUAUAACGAAGGGAUUCAGAAAAGACGUCAUCCUACCCCGAGCGCAAAGAAAGUGGAAAAUCUUGUGAAACUCCACAAGAUGACUACUCCAGAUUUGCCGACUCAUAGACCAUCCACAACUCUCACAAACUCAAAGUUCAGCAAGGUGCAUGAGCAUCCGUACAUUGAUGCUGGAGGUAAACUCUCUAUUGAAAAUAUGAACGACCGUCCACCAAACCCAGACUGGGCCAAUGAAAUUGGUCCCGAAGAUUUUGAGGAUUUCGCACAACCGGUUGGGCCGCUUGAGAAGGAGCAUGAGCUGAACAGGUUUGGUGGAACGAGCAAGAACACCAGUGGCAAGGAUACUUUAUUCGACCUUGAUAGCGACGACUUGGAUUUUGAGGACGAGAACGACACUUUUUUGCUCGAGGCGAGCAUGGUUGGUUUGGACGACUCGUUGCAGCUCAAGAAUGACUCCGACUGCAGGCAAAACAGGAAGAAGCUCAUAUCGUCCAAUGCAUCUUUCUCGUCUAGUACUGUACAUGAAUCAAGCUCCUCAAGAGCCGAGCGACCAUCAGCCGACGAUCUCUUCGAUGGGGAUGAUGGUAUCUAUGGUUUCAAGCAAGAAAAUCUGGAUGCACUUGAUCCCUUGCCGUCUCGCUCACCCGGUGCUGGUCAAGAGCAACAUGUAUUUGAUCCGUCAAGCUACAACGAGCCUGUCACAAGUCCUUACAAGAAGCUCUUUUUUACGUCGCCAGAGCGUGCCAACGCUGCUCCUAUUGAUGCUCUUACCGAGGAGGAUAAAUCGCAAAAAGGCCAUGAUAGUCAUGAUUCUACCCCGGUUAUCCGUAUCCGUGAUUCGCAUGGGGAAAUUUCAAAUCCCACAGCCGCAAAGCCUACAUCUGACGAGGCCGGCCAGCAGGCCCGAACCAGGAGCGUCAAUGACGACAAUAUCGUGUCCCUGGAGAAGAAGAGUAGCGAGGAGGAGCAGAAACAGAAACUGCUGGAUCAGGGGAUUGAUCCUUCGUUCUACGACGAGUUCAAGGACUAUGUGGAAUUCAUCUGA